AUGGAGUACGCGGGUGUCUUGUUAUUCAAAACUUCAAACGAACAUUCUGGCGACGAUAUACUCGGUGUAAUCCAGCCUGAAAAAUGGCGAAGAGCCACUCUCGCUUAUUCUCGCAACGGAACGACAGCAACGAAGAUGCAGAAUAUUUCGGAUGCAGAUGUUCUCUCCAUUCUGCUCAAAUUGUUUGCCCAGGUUUCUGGCCGAGAGAUUCGCCCGUGCGAUGAUCUUUUUCAACAGGGGGGUAGAGUCUAUCAUUGGGACUGUCCAAACUGUGGCGGAGGCCUAAUUCGAAUAUGCAAUGGCGGUAAGAUUGGCAAUUCUCACGAAGAUGUUGAUGCGUGGGAGUGGAUGAGAGAACUUGCAGAGAAGUAUAGCCAGUUUGAGAGACAUAAAGUCACUUCAAAGCGUGGAAAUGAGGAAGUUGUAGUACUAACGGGUGCCACCGGUCUGCUAGGAGCCCACAUUUUAUCUCACGUAGCGAAAACGAGAGCGUCUGUCGAGAGUCAUGAUCGAAAGCGCUAG